UCGUCUGGAUCCAUGUCAGAUGCAUAGAAGAUGACCACGAGAUAAACAGUUCGCUCCUGCAUUGUUCGAUUAUGCGACGGUUUUCGGGAGGUUUACUUGUAUAGCCUGAAAAAUGGUGUGCACGAAUGAAAUACAGUUGUUACUUAUGAAUGAAAUAGUAUAGAUAAAAUUACUGGCUGCCCCAUUGAAAAUUCAUUAAUUAGGAUGUAUCGUACAAAUCAAAAUGGACAGCCACAACGAGUAAACAAUGAACCAGAACAUCGGAAUCAUGUCUCUGACAGGCAACAGGGGUCUGCACAUGUACCGAUGUCGGUUUCGGAACAAUUUAAGGAGUCGUGGCUUACCGCUAUUAUAGGAUCAAUAUUAUUUGCAUUUGGCAUGUGUCUCUUAUUUUGGAAUGAGGGUAGAGCGGUUAAAGUUGCGCAUUCUUUAGAUGAAGCUUUACGCAGUAUAGUCUCACUGCCAAAUCCGACGAAAGCAUUUCCUGAGUUCGAGGGUCGUGUUGUACAUUUAACAGGCCCUUUAAGUAUAUCAGAGCCAUUAACUGAGCCAGAAUAUGGAGUAAUUAUGGCUGCCAUUAAAUUAAAAAGAAGAGUGCAAAUGUACCAGUGGAUUGAAAUUGAAGAGGAACGAAGUUUUGGUGGUGUCACGGAAGAGGACAAAAAUUAUUAUUACACCACUGAAUGGAAGGAUAAGCUUAUCGACUCUGAUCAAUUUUAUAUAAGAACUGGACAUCAUAACCCUAGGGAAAUACCUAUUAAAAGUCAAGUACAAAUUGCACACGAAGUAAAAAUUGGAACUAUAUCACUUGGGUCUGAACUCAAAAUGAAAUUCACUGACUUUGUUGAAGUGACUGGUGAUGAAAGACCAGAGCGAAGAGAUAUUAAACUUCAUUCAGGACUUUAUUAUCACUGUAAUGAUCUUUGGAAUCCUCAGGUAGGAGAUAUACGAAUUCAAUUCUCAUAUGCUGGAAAAGUGGGAGACGUGUAUUCCGUUGUUGGAAUGUUAUCGGAAGGAACCAUUGUACCUUAUUACACAUCGCACAGAGAAGAGAUCCUUCUUCAAAGAAAACAUAAAUUAACCGUUGACCAAAUGUUUCAUUUGGAACAUGUUCACAAUUAUUGGCGCACAUGGACUAUUAGAGGUCUAGGUUGGUUGGUGUUAUUCCUGGCAGCAACGUGUUUAGCAAACAUUCUGAAAACGCUGAUUUUAAAUUCCAACUUUUUAUGUGGAAUAAUUGCCAUAGAAUCUCUUACUAUGUCUGUUUCCAUGUCGAUCAGCUUAUUAGUUAUUGGAUUUGCAUGGGUAUGGUACCGUCCAGUUAUCGGUUUAUGCCUGGCAUUGGCCAGUGUCAUACCAUUCAUCUACUCGACGAUAACAUCAGGACCGCAAACUCAGCAGCGUGACAAUUACAGAAGAUUAUAAUACCCCUUCGCACCAUCCCGAGAGUUUUGUAUAUAUUUAAUAACACACUCGUUACUUAUACGUAAUAAUUUAUGCUUAAUAAUUGGACGCUACGUUUAGUAACGUGUUCACAGUAUUGAAAUAUUUAUCAAGUUUAUAUUAUGUAUAGAAUAAAUCCCACGUGUGCGUCUCUGUCUUUCUCUGA